GCCGAGCGGAAACAGGUUUGUUUUGGCGGCUCAAACGAAUGAAAGAAAGCAGAGAGCAGAGCAGUUUACUGUACGGGUUAAGAGCCGAGAUUAUCUCAGAAUAUGAGCCUCAGAAUAAGUCUGUAACUGUUAGAUUUCCAGAUCUGUAGCUAUAAAGAAUAAAGGCCGCAAACGCGCAGAGCUGCAGCUGCCAGAGACCACCGCUGUCUGCACCAGUGCAGACCCUGCAGCAGCUGAACAUAGCCAGCUAGCCUAGCAUAACACAGGCAGCACCAGGGCUAGAUUACUUGCUAUUUUAGCUACCGCUAGCUUUGUUUUUUCAUCUCUGAACCAACUAACAUUUUAUUAAUAUUCUUAGAAAAACUGUAAAAAUACAAACGAACCUUAAUAUUAACCAUUGUUUUUGAAGAUAUCUAACGCUAGCUAGCUAAUAUUACAGCCUGGGCCAGUUAGCUAGCUAAAGCUAAUGACAAAAACAAAAGCAGUUCUCCGUUUAAAUAACCUAUAACUUAUAACAGCUAACUAAAUAGAUCAUAUAAGAAAUAUUAGCUAAAUAAUUGAGUUAGCUAACUAGCUAUCUUUAUUGGUUAGAUAAGCUGUUAGAAUGUUGGGUUGAUCUCAAUCUAUAACUAACAAUCUAUAACUAGCUUUGUUUUUUUUUCAUGUCUGAAACAACUCACAUUAUAUUAAUAUUAUUAGCAAACAUGUACAAAUAUGUAACUUACCUUUAUAUUAAUCCUUGUUUUUUUUGCAGAUAGCUAAGUUAACUCUAGCUAACUUACCUAUGUAAUAUUGCAGCCUGGACCUAAAUAGCCUGGUAACUAACUAGAUAACUAAACAGACCAUAUAAGGGAUAUUAGCUAGAUAACGGAGUUAGGUAACUAGCUAUCUUUUUAUUAGUUAAUUAUUAGUUAACUAGCUAAGCUAGCUAGCUAAUAUUACAGCCUGGGCCUAACUAUGUUAGCCUGGUAACUAACUAGCUAUCUAGCUAAUUAAGUAUACCAUAUAAGGAAUAUUAGCUAGAUAAUUGAUUUAGCUAACUAUCUAUAUUUAUUAGGUAAUUAUUAGUUAGCUUAGCUAGCAAGGUAAUAUUACAGCCUAGGCCUAACUAUGUUAGCCUGGUAACUAAUUAGCUAUCUAGCUAAUUAAGUAUACCAUAUAAGGAAUAUUAGCUAGAUAAUUGAGUUAGCUCACUAGCUAUAUUUAUUAGGUAAGUAUUAGUUAGCUAAGCUAGCUAGGUAAUAUUACAGCCUAGGCCUAACUAGCUUGGUAACUAACUAAGCUAACUAGGUAACUAUCUAGCUAACUAAAUAGACCGUAUAAUAAAUAUUAGCUAACUUCUAUUGAGUUAGCUAACUUGCUAUCUUUUUUAUCAGUUAGUUAUUUGUUAGCUAAGCAAGCUAGCUAAAUAUUACAGCCUGGGCCUUACUAGCUUGGUAACUAACUAGCUAUCUAGCUAACUAAAUAGAUCAUAUAAGGGAUAUUAACUAGAUAAUUGAGUGAAUUAGCUAACUAGCUAUCUUUUUAUUAGUUAGUUAUUAGUUAACUAGCUAAGCUAGCUAGCUAAUAUUGCAGCCUGGGCCUAACUAGGUUAGCUUGAAAACUAACUAGCUAUCUAGCUAAGUAAAUAGAACACAUGAGAAAUAUUAGCCAAAUAACUGAGUUAGCUAAGUUAACUAACUGUCUUUACUAGCUAGUUAUGUUAGAAAGUUUAACUUAGUUAUAUUAAUCUAAUUACUAGCUUUCUUUUUUCAUGUCUGAAAUAACUGACAUUUUAUUAGUAUCAUUAGCAAACGGGAAAAUAUGAACCUUCGUAAUAAUUCUUGUUUUCUGCAGAUAGCUAACAUAAAGCUAGCUAGCUAAUAAUACAGCUUGGGGCAGUUAGCCUUUGCUAGCUAAAGCUAAUGACAAAGACAAAAGCAGGGCUCUGUGUAAAAUAACCUUGGUUAAAUAGCUAUAGUUACAACAGCCAAGUUAGCCAACUAGCUAGCUAAAUAGCUCAGAUUAGGAAUAUAUAUAUAUUAGGAAUAUAGCUAAGUUAGUGGUUAAAUGGCUGCUAUAAACACGUGGUUAGCUAACUAGCUAAGGUACAGCGUUAACUAAAUGGCCUGAGCCCCGCACUGCCUGCCUUAGUCUCCACAUGUUUCUGUAGUUAACUAAAGAUGAACGGGAAAGUUAUUCCUCACACCCCCAUCGCUGUUGACUUUUGGCAGCUGAGAAAGUGCCACCAUGUCCGGCUGUUCUUCCUCUCCCACAUGCACACUGACCACACCUGCGGCCUCACCUCCACCUGGAGCAACAGACCCAUCUACUGCUCACCUGUCACUGCCAAACUCCUACAGCUCAAACUGCAGGUGAAGGAAAAAUGGAUCCAUGCUCUGGAGGUUGGAGAAGCGCACAUGUUGCCGUUGGAUGACAUUGGGAAAGAAAAACUGACCGUCACUCUUAUUGACGCUAACCACUGUCCCGGGGCAGUGAUGUUUUUCUUCGAGGGCUACUUUGGUACUAUUCUUUACACUGGAGAUUUUCGCUACACUCCGUCUAUGCUGCGUGAGCCAUGUCUGAGGAACAACACGACCAUAGACGUGCUUUAUCUGGACAACACUAACUGUGACCCAACGCGCUCUCUUCCUUCUCGACAGCGAGCCUGUCAGCAGAUUAAAGAGAUCAUACGAAGCCAUCCAAACUACACUGUGGUCAUUGGUCUCUAUGCUCUAGGUAAGGAGUCUCUGCUGGUGCAGUUGGCGCUGGAGUUUAAGACGUGGGUGGAGGUGGAUACGGCGCGUCUGCAGACUCUGCGUGUGCUGGAGCUUCCGGAUGUGUUCACCACAGAGCCUGGUGCCGGGCGCAUCCGUGCAGUGUCUCAGUCCGAGAUCACUGCCUCUAACCUGCUGGCCUGGAAUAAGGAGCAGCCCACCAUGGCCAUACUCCCCACCAGUCGGCCUGUGGUGUCCUGCCACCCGAACGUCUAUGUGGUGCCUUACUCAGACCACUCCUCCUACCAGGAGCUGGAGGACUUUGUCUCGGCUCUGCGGCCGAUAUCGCUGGUGCCCAUCGUGGGCAGCUGCAUGCCUUACUUCUCCGCCCUCCUGAGUCCACGGAGGAAGCGCAGGGACGUGGUGGUACCAGAAUCAGUACAGAACUACAUGACGUCUAAGAUCAGCGUUCAGACUUUCGGUAUCAGCACGGCUUGUGCGCACCACCGUCCGUUGCGCUCAGUGCCUCGAGGGGUGGUGUUUGACUCCCCCAGACAGAGACCCAGAAGCUCCAGGUCUGAUGACGCUGACUCCAGUGCUAUGGACGUGGAUAAUGAUGAGGAGGAUGAUGUUGCUUUAGAAGUAGAUGACUCUGAAGCAGACGUCAGCUCAGACUGCAUCUUAUUGGACAUGAGCUCUGAUCUCACUCAUGGUAUGACCACGCCACUACGCAGAGGUCUAGAUCUGGUUCUAGUCCCGUCCGAUGACGACUCCACUGUCGACGGCCUCAUCGAUGUGAACGAGUCCCUCCUCGCCAUUCAGAACAUCAAGUCUCCCAGUACUAAAAGCACCAGCGAGACUGAGAGCCUGACCAGUGCCACUGCUCUGAGCCCUCACUUUAAAAACAUCCAGAAGAAGAGAAGCCCCCAGAUGGGCAGCACUAACACAAGAGUGAUGAGCUCAGCGAUGGACAGCAUCGACCUUCAUGACAGCACCUGUAUGACGGCCUCAGCGGCUUCCACACCACCCGAAACACAGCCCGAGACUUCCAGUCAGUCUUACAGGAACGAGAGGGAGAGGCUGGAGCAGUGGGUACUUAACAACCUCACUUUUCCAGAGGAGGAAUUCAGAAGUCAGUAUGGGAUUGUUCAAGGUUUACACAAGCUGUAUCCCCUCGCUCCAAUCAACGUGCCAAAACCAGAAGGUGAUCCUUUAGAAGCUGCAAUUCAGAGAUUGAAGUCAAAAUAGGAAAUAAUGUGAACGCAACCACAUGUAGUAUUGUAAAUUAUCAUGCUGCUUUCAUCACACAGCCUUGGUAUUAACUAGGAAUGCUCUGAAUGGAACGUAUUUGGACAAAAAUCAACAAAAUUAAGCAUUUAUAUGAUGGCCAACAUCAUUUUUUUUUUUUUUUUUGCAAGUUUUUAUUACAUUUGCCACUAUUGAAUAAAUGACAUAGCCUAAAUAUAUACAGCUCUGGCAAGAGACCACUUCAGUUUGUGAAUCAGUUUCUCUGAUUUUGCUAUUUAUAGAUAUACGUUUGAGUAAAAUGAAUGUUGUUGUUUUAUUUUAUAAACCACAGACAACAUUUCUCCCAAAUAAAAAAAAAUAGUAAUUUAAACCAUUUAUUUGCAGAAAAUGAGAAAUGGUUGAAAUAAGAAAAAAAGAUGCAGAGCUUUCAGACCUCAAAUAAUAAUAAAAAAAAAAACAAGUUCAUAUUCAUAAAGUUUUAAGAGCUCAGAAAUCAAUAUUUGGUGGAAUAACCCUUGUUUUUAAUCACAGUUUACUAAUGAUUCUUGGCAUGUUCUACUCCAUCACUCCACCAGUCUUACACACUGCUUUUGAAUAACUUUAUGCCUUUACUCCUGGUGCAAAGCUGUAAGCAGUUCAGCUUGGUUUGAUGGUGUGUGAACAUCCAUCUUCCUCUUUAUUAUAUUCCAGAGAUUUUCAGUUUGGUAAAAUCAAAGAAACUCAUCACUUUUAAGUGGUCUCUUAUUUUUUUUUCCAGAACUGUAUUUGUGUCUUGCUUUUCAAACAAAAAAAGCAAUUGGCUGCAAAACUACACUUAUUAAUUACUAAUAUUUAAUACUUAACAUUUUAAUAUCUCAGCAGGCAUACCAAAAAAAUGCACAGUACGUUUACCUCAACAGCUCUAUUUGAAUCAUGAUUUUUUUUAGAAGUGCAAUUCUCGUCACACAUUUACUUAUCUAUCCAGCUAGCAAGCUAUAGCUACCUUAUCAAUGCUAUUUUAAUAAACAAUUUACAUCAGUAGUUCAAUUGUAGGAGGAGAAGGUGGAGUGUGGGCCUGCCACUGCUGCUUAAAAUGAUUCUAAAGUUGAAGGAAACGUAGUAUGACACAAAAUAUAUUAGGCAUUGUCUGGUGUAUCUUUUCAAUUAUUUUCCACUUUCAGAUGCGUAUUUCCGUAACGGAAUGUUCAGUGCAUGCCUAGUGUUACCAGAUAGAUACCCUUUAUGACGUGAACAGUUAAUAAUGAAUGGAUCAUUCCAAGAUUUCUUGGAAUAAAAUAUUGUGGAAACUUUUGUGUGAAGUUGAAAGAUUUUCUUACUUUUGUAAAUUAUUAUUAUUAUUUUUAUAAUUUGUUUGUUUGUUUGUUUGUUUUGUUCUUUUGGUUUUUUUUUUGUGACUGCACCAGUUUGCAUUGUUCAUCUGUUCACUUAUGACUGCAAGGUGCUCAUUACUGCGUAAGUGUGAUUCCUUUUUUGUUUCUAUAAUGUGUUAAAGGAAGGUUUGUGUGGGUUUUUUUUUUUUUUUUUUUUUGAGGUUUGUGAAUAUAUAAUUUAUUUUAAUAACCUUUUCAAGCACCUUAAUUUUCUCAACCUGCCCCAACUAUUAUUUGUGUUGUGGCUUACAUGUUUUCCCUAACACAGUGCCAACAAUGUGAAAAGCUCAGUAGAAAUGAUCUACAUGUUCACAUUUAAUUGUAUAUACUUUCAUACUAGUUCAACUUUCACAGAAACUCCAGAGUGAAGUGUCUUACAACAUUAUUUACAGCGUUCAGUGUUGUGUUCUUUGGUGACAUUGUUGUAAAUCAUUAUGUUUUACCUCUUCAUGUAGCCAAAGUUUUUGGAUGCACUAAUAAUCCAUCAUUACAUCUGUGUCUAAUACUGUUUUUAUACCCAACCAUAACUGUAUUUGUUGCUAUAGUGCCAGGAUGGGUUUUAAUAAAUGCCUUGGAAAGUAGAAAAGCCACUGUUUUGUACUGAAAAUGUGAAGAAUAAAGUUUGUUCUUAAUUAUA